AUGGGUCGCGGCAACCACUUUGUUCGUUUCGCUCGUGCCAGAGGAGCCUCCAGUUGGGCUACCGAGUACAAUCGUUGCUUUACCUCCGCUGUUAGUCGUAAUGUGGUGGCGGUUAUGGGCGAGAGCCCUGCCCAAGGGUUUGCCGAACAGCGCAGAGGAGGAGAACUGAUCAUGGGUCAAGCCUUGUCCGGUUCGGAUAGCCAACUUAUGGAUGGUGUGGAUAUGGAGGACCUUACGGAUGAACAGAUUGUAAGCUGGAAUAUGAUAACUGGCUUCGGUCCCGGCGUUGGUUCUGUGCCCCCAGAGUAA